CCAGCAGGGGGCCGACGGGGAGAAGCGAUCGGUCAAGUCCCCCGCGAAAAAGCUUCCCCUGACCACCCUGGCCCAGUGUAUGGUGGAGGGGGCCGCUGUUUUAGGGGACGACUCACUGCUGGGGAAGAUGCUGAAGCUGUGUGGGGACACGGAGGAGCAGCUGGCCCAGGAGCUCAUCCUGUUUGAGCUGGAGAUCGAGAGAGACGUGGUGGAGCCUCUUUACGUGCUGGCCGAGGUCGAAAUUCCGAACAUUCAGAAACAGCGGAAGCACUUAGCCAAGCUGGUGCUGGACAUGGACUCUGCUCGGACGCGGUGGCAGCAGUCCUCCAAGUCCUCCAGCCACCCCAGCAACCUGCAGACUGGCGGGGCCAAGUCUGACUCCCUCCGAGAGGAGAUGGAGGAGACGGCCAAUCGCAUGGAGAUUUGUAGGGAUCAGCUGUCAGCAGACAUGUACAACUUUGUGGCCAAAGAGAUAGACUAUGCAAACUACUUUCAGACGCUCAUCGAGGUUCAGGCUGAAUACCACCGGAAGUCCUUGGAGAUCCUACAGAGUGUGCUGCCCCAGAUCAAAGCCCAACAGGAGGCGUGGAUAGAGAAGCCGUCCUAUGGGAAGCCACUGGAGGAGCACCUGACCCUGAGUGGACGAGAGAUCGCCUUCCCCAUCGAGGCCUGCGUCACCAUGCUGCUGGAGUGUGGCAUGCAGGAGGAGGGUUUGUUCCGGGUGGCGCCCUCAGCAUCCAAGCUGAAGAAGCUAAAGGCGUCGCUGGACUGCGGAGUGGUGGACGUUCCGGAGUAUUCUGCUGACCCGCACGCCAUAGCAGGGGCUCUGAAAUCAUACCUCCGUGAACUCCCUGAACCUCUGAUGACCUCUGAACUCUACGAGGAGUGGAUCCAGGCCUCAAACAUUCAGGAUAUGGACAAAAGACUGCAAGCCCUGCUGACGGCCUGCGAGAAACUCCCCACAGACAAUUUGAACAACUUCAGAUACUUAAUUAAAUUUCUAGCAAAACUCACUGACUACCAGGACGACAACAAAAUGACCCCGGGUAACAUUGCCAUAGUGCUCGGACCCAAUCUGCUAUGGACUACCUCUGAAGGGAACAUGACGGAGAUGAUGACCACGGUGUCCUUGCAGAUCGUAAGCAUCAUUGAGCCCAUCAUCCAGCACGCCGACUGGUUCUUCCCUGGAGAAAUUGAGUUCAAUCUGACGGGCUGCUACGGGAGCCCCAUCCACACCAACCACAACUCCAACUACAGCUCCAUGCCGUCGCCGGACAUGGACCAGUCCGAGCGCAAGCAGCAGCACGACCAGAGUCGCCGGCCGCUCAGCGUGGCCACUGACAACAUGAUGCUGGAGUUCUACAAGAAAGAUGGCAUGGGGGUGAGGGUGAUGGACACGUCCUGGGUGAGGACCAAGGGUUCGUCCACGCUGGUGCGCAAGGCCUCGUCCACCCCGCCGUCCAUGCACGUGCCCGGCCUGCCCGGCGACGGCCUCAUCCCCGAGCAGCCCGGCGAGCUGGCCUCCUCGCCCUCGCCCACUCCCCCGCCCGGCGACCGGGGCAGUACUUUUAAGAGUAAGGAGCUCUCCCCUGUGAUUGGACACAAGCCCAUCCAGGUGCCGGUGCCCACAGUGCCCCCUCAUGGCGGCCAGCAGAGCUGCAGCCAGUCGCCGCACUCGGCCGAGCACAGCCCGCUCACCCUGCGCAAAGCCUCUAAGAAGCUGGCACCCGUCCCGCCCAAGGUGCCGUACGGCCAGUCGGGCUGUGGCAGCGGCGGCAUGUCUGACCAGUCCACGGGCCAGCCGUCGCCGGUCAGCCUGUCGCCCACGCCCCCGAGCACGCCGUCGCCGUACGGCCUGGUGUGCCCGCCCGUCGGCCAGCUGACGGCCUCGUCGCCCGGCUCGGCGCCCUCCUCGCACGCGCUCUCCUCGCCGCCCUCGCUCACCGGCACGCUCACCAAGUCCCGGCCCACGCCCAAGCCCCGCCAGAGGCCCAGCCUGCCGCCGCCGCAGCCGCCCACCGUCCCCGGGCAGACCCCUCCGCCGCCGCCGCCGCCGCUGGACCAGGGCCUCCUGGACGGCAUGUCCUCCGGGGAGAGCAUGUCCACAGCUGUGUGAGGCCAGGGCCUGAGUGUGAUGCUAAGUGUGAGGGGGACGUUUGGGAUUUCUUCAGUUUGGAAAGACCCUCCAUCAAUGUCAAUCUGGACAGCAUCCUGGACGAGUUCAGGGUGUCGCCCUGCCGGGGCUCUCUCAUGAUGCCUGACUCCCCAGACGGAGACGCCACCUCUGAGGAGGAGGG